AGAAAAAGAAGAAGAAGACCUGAGAACCCCUACAACUCUUACAACGGAGAGAGAUUGGUGUCGCGUGAUAUUGACGUCACGGUGAAAGCGACGGCUAACUGCCUCUUCCACGCUGUUCGGGGGCAGUCGCGGUACAGCUUAAGUAUAGGUUCCAAUCUUGGAAUCUGUGUUUUCGGUUGUCUUUAAUUGCGGAACGCGAACAACCACGCCCAAUUAAAAAGUGCAUUAGCACCUAUCUGUGGCGACCCGUCACACGAGGAAAGCUUGGAGUUCGUCACGUAAAACCCGGCAUUAGAAGGUGCUUCCACGUGUGUUAGGAGGGACCGCUGGUGAUCGUGAUUGUUUGGAUGAAAUUAUGGAAGCCGAAAGCUCAGAGUAUUUCGGAAAGAAACCCAAACCAACAAAGAUGAAGGACAUUGCCGACCCGGUGAAAAACUUCGAGAAGUGGAAGAAAAAAUACAAUAAGAGGAAAGCACGAGUGAACCGAGAGAAAGCGGAGAAGAAACCACAGUGGCAGGUCGAACGGGAGUACAUUGACAGACUUGUAAACAGGUAUGGAGCGAUCAACACCAAAGACGUUGUCAGGUUUUCAGAUUUUCCCAUUUCAAAGAAAACCCUGCUAGGGCUACAGGAAGCUCAGUAUAGACAACCAACAGAGAUCCAGAGACAGACCAUCGGCUUCGCUUUGCAAAGUAAAGAUGUCCUCGCUGCGGCUAAGACUGGUUCCGGGAAGACUUUGGCAUUCCUCAUACCGGUGCUGGAGUGUCUGUAUCGACAGCAGUGGAGCUCCGUCGACGGCCUCGGUGCGCUCAUAAUUUCCCCCACCAGAGAACUCGCCUACCAGACCUUCGAAGUUCUGCGUAAGGUGGGCAAGAACCACGAGUUUUCAGCGGGGCUCAUCAUCGGAGGGAAGGAUCUAAAGAGUGAAUCGGAGAGAAUCCACCGCACCAACAUCGUUAUCUGCACGCCGGGCCGACUACUGCAGCACAUGGACGAAACGGCCACAUUUCACGCAUCCGACCUCCACAUGCUGGUCCUGGACGAGGCAGACCGCAUCCUGGACAUGGGUUUCGCGGAUACAUUAAACGCCAUAUUGGAGAACCUUCCUGGGUCCCGACAGACGCUGCUGUUCUCUGCCACACAGACAAAGUCUGUCAAAGACCUAGCCCGGCUCAGCCUGAAAGACCCACAGUAUGUGUGGGUACACGAGAAAGCAAAGUUCAGCACGCCUGCCACCCUGGAGCAGAGCUAUGUGGUGUGUGAGCUCCACCAGAAAGUUAACAUGCUCUACUCUUUCAUUAGGAGCCACUUGAAGAGGAAGAUCAUUGUUUUCUUUGCUUGCUGCAAAGAGGUACAAUACCUGUUCAGAGUUUUCUGUCGGCUCAGACCCGGCAUGCCCAUCCUAGCUUUGCAUGGCAAGCAGCAGCAGAUGAAGAGGGUGGAGGUCUACAAUGACUUCAUCAAAAAGCAGAAUGCUGUUCUCUUUGCCACUGAUAUAGCUGCCAGAGGCCUGGACUUUCCUGCAGUGAACUGGGUGCUGCAGUUCGACUGUCCAGAGGAUGCAGACACCUACAUCCAUAGGGUGGGCAGGACUGCCAGAUACAAGGAGGGUGGAGAGGCCCUGUUACUUCUGCUCCCCUCAGAGGAGAAGGGCAUGGUCAGCCAAUUGCAGGAGAAGAGGGUUCCCAUCAAUAAAAUCCAGGUGAACCCAGAGAAACUUCAGGCUGUCCAGCAGAAGCUUGUCGCCUUCCUGGCCCAGGAGAAAGAGCAGAAGGAGAGAGCCCAGAGGUGUUUUGUUUCCUACCUGCGCUCUGUCUACCUGAUGAAGAACAAAGAGGUGUUUGACGUUUUGAAACUCAAUAUUCAAGAGUUUGCUGUUUCGCUGGGCCUUGCUGUGGCUCCAAGGGUGCGCUUCUUAAAUAAAGUUCAGGCACUGACAGCUGAGAGAGAAGAACAGACAGAGGCAGAGCAGUCUGAAGACCAUGAGCUGAGGAGUUUUAAGGCUCAGCUGAGAGGAAACAUUCCUCAUCAGGAAUUCCAAAACAAUCAGUCAGAUGGCGAUGGGGAAAGUAGUGAUGAACAAAAUGCAGAUCAGCUGAAUACACGACUUCAGGUUGACAAUUAUGACGACGAUGACCUAAGAGACUUGGACCUACUUAAAGUUAAAACAAAGAAUGUCUUCAGUCUUACAAAGGAGGAGGAAACUGAGGGGGGACUCUCCAAGGACUCCAAAAAAAAUGUUGAAAAAGAAACAAAGUUCAAAGAUGCCAAAAAGGUCCUCAAGAGAAACUUCCAUGUCAACACAAAAGUAACUUUUAAUGAGGAAGGAGAUGCUGUGCAGUUGUGGCCACCUGUCCAGCGGGCAGUGGCUGGUGAGGAAGAGGAGGAGGUUUCAGGUAUCAAUGUUGAAAAGGCCAAGGAAAGGCUGAAACAUGAAGACCAGGAGUUUGACAAGCAGGAGUACAGCCGCAAAGUGAAAGCUAAACACAGAGAAAAGAGGCUGAAGGCCAAGGAAGCUAGGAGGGAGGCCAGCAGGCAGCACGGACAGCACUCUGAAGAGGAGUCUGAGGACGAGGUGGUAGCAUACCUGGCCAAUCACAGCGAAGAUGACUUUGACCCCAGCGCUCUUCCGGACCCUGACAAUUUGUGCUCUUUGGAGGAGGAAAAGGAGGAGGGUCAAAGUGAUCAAAGAAAAUCAGCAAAAAGGCAACAAAGCAGUGAUGAGGAGCUUCGAGCAGGGAAGAGGAAGAAAGUAGGACAGCUGAAUAAUGAACAGAUACCUCUGGACACUGGUCUCUCUCUGGCAGAAGACGAGGAGUUAGUCUUGCAUCUGCUAGGGGGAUGGAGGUAGACAAAAUCGGAUACAGGGAUUCAGGGUAGUGUUGAUGAACAUGUGCCUCAUUAGGACAUUGUAUGUGUGAUUUGAUCAGAUUUGAAUCACAACAACCACACAACCCACCAGCUGUCAUAGCAUUAUGAUUCAAAUGUUGGAUCUUUUAUGGCUCAUACAGUAGAUCUACACCUUUUUAAACAACUCACUGGAAUAAACAAUGAUUACAAAUUUGGUAGAAGCUUAUUUGUUGUUAGGGAACCUGUUAUGCAGUAAAAAUAAGUUUUCAGAGUUUGUUUAAAGUCCCCUGAGCUAUUACAUAUACACCUCUGUUACAUCUAUAAUGCAGGAUUUUUGUAAUAAAUUUGUAGUUCCUUAAGGUAAGCCGACAUGCUGAUGGCAUUAUCAUCAAAUUACAUCACCAGGGUUGUUAUAUCAGUGGUGUUAAGCUCAGUGAAGAUUAUAUUGAACUGUUAAACAAAGUUAUUAGCAAGUGCUGGAUGGUGGUAAAGCUGCUCCAAAAAACAAGUUAUAUUUUGUUACCUUGUUUCCAUCUAUUUUGACCAAAUUAUUAACGGUCACAUCAUGUGGAUUUGCUUUCAGUAAUCACAGUGUUGGGGAUCACAGCUUUAGGCCAUGUUGUGUUCUGACUUUGUGUGUCAAAAUGCAGGUUUAGGUUACCAGUAGUGAUCGAUUUUAUUUACACUGUGAUUUGAUUUAAUAACUGAACUGAAAUUAUAAUUAUGUGCUAACUGUUUAUCUCUCCCUUCUCUCUCUGUGACACAUUAUUUUAUAACCAGCUCCAUCUUCCAGGAAGGUAUUGUAACAAAUUAUGUGAAUUGAAAACUUGCCAUCUGUCUAUGUUGAGUAAUUUUAUGGCAGAGAAUGCAAUCUCCUUUUUGAAAUAAACUUGGAUAUGGUCUGUUCAAUUGAA